ACGCCUUUGGUGGCGAAGCACGACGACGCCACUCUCUCUUUUCUAACUUUUUUUUUGUUUCUCUCGGAGCUGAAGAGAGAGUUCAUCUUCUUCUUCUCUACGGAUCCAAAACAAUGAAUCGUCUCCUUUCUUUCUUCUCCCUCGCUCUCAUCGCUUUCCUCUGCCUCCAUCAUCGUGUUCACGCUUCUUCUUCUUCUUCCGACUUCGAAGGUUUCGAUGCUGAAGACGACGAUGUCUCUGAAGACUCCAGUGAGCUUCACCACUCGCUUCGUCCUCCUCUCCUGACUCAGUCUGAGUCAACGGUUCUAGAUCUGGAACCAUCUCCCGAAUCUGAUUCUACUCCUCCUGUUUCUUCUUCUAAAUCGGAUCCUCCUCCGACUCAGUCCGUGAAGCCUUCUUCGUCUAUCUCCUUCGAUUACUGGGAUGAAGAUGAGUUCGAAGGGUUGCCUGAGGAAGAGAAAUCGACUGAAUCUCCGGUUGUUUCCGAUAACGCAACUCCUUCUUCCGAUCCACAGACGCCAGAUCUUGACUCUGCUUCAGAGACUUCGGAUACUGAGGUUCCAAAGAAGAAGCAAUCUUACGCGGUGGAGAUCGUUUGCGUCUCUAUCUUGAUUGGUUACGCGAUCAAUUACUUCACAGGGAAACGUGAGAAUGAGAAUCUUGCUUUGGCUUGGGCUUCCAAAUUUGGUCUUAAGGAUACGAUUUUUGAGAAGAACUUUAGUUUGCUUGGAGUUGGUGAAGGAGAGGACUCGCCUUUGUUGCUUAAAGAAGCGACGAAUGUGUUUAAGUUCUACGCUAGUGGCCGUAGGUAUUGCCAUGGGCUAUUGGCGACCAUGGAGCUUAAGAGCAGACAUGAUUUGAUCUCGAGGCUUUUUAACUCGGUGGUUCCUUGUAAAGAUGAGAUCAGUUUCGAGGUGUAUAUGAAUGAUGAAUCUAUGGAUCACGUUGUGUUUGCGAUGGCGAGGAAGAAGGCGGCGAAAACGAUGCACAAGGAGCUGAGGGAUCUACAGAGGUUUGGAGGAAUGGUGCCUGUUCCCGGGGGGAGGAAGUGGGUAACUGAUGAGUUAGCUGUGGUCUCUGAGUCCAAGGAGGUAGCUGGGGAUAUGAUCUCUGACGUUGCACUUGAUCAGGUCUUUGGUGACAAGGCUUUCGAAAGGUUUGGGAAGUAUUUCAUCUCAAUGCAUUUUUCGGAUCAACAUCCUGGCAAACACCGGAAGAUGCUGCUUUUCAAGUUUGCCCUGCCUGAUGCUAAAAACAUGGAUGAUAUGGUUCGGCUGAUAGCGCUAAUUCCGUAUUACAUUGACUUAGUUGGACGCUACAAGCUCAGCUCCCAGGCAAAGAACAAAACUGACGGUGCUAGGCAGAAGGCCGCUCAAGAAACAUACAAAGAACUUCAGAAUGUGAGGCAUGAGGCAUUGAUGAGAAAGAAAGCCGAAAAGAAGAAAAUAUUGGAGGAGGCAGAGGCAAAGCUUAGCGCCGAGGCACUAAGGAAGAAAGAAGCUAAAGAACGUGCACGCCAGAUGAAAAAGUCAAUGCCAAAAGUUAAGAUGAGUCGUGGCCACUAGACUCUCAAGUAUAGGGAGGCAUCUCUCUCAUGCUUGCCGUUGAAAUAGCUAUUUCUUCCUCUACUCCUGUUUUAGUCCUCGAUUAGAUAUUUUCUUACUUUCCAUGAAUCUCUCUACUUUUUUACUUCACUACGGUUAUCCUUAUAGUGGCACCGAGGCAGUGUUUCUGAUAAGCCUCCAGAACCUCGUUCAAUCAUAAUUUGAGUUUUGAAGUUGUAGGCUCUCGUUUCUUGUUCACUUAAGAAAGUAACAUCCUUUAAUCCUUUGUUCUCA